GUGUGUGUGUGUGAGUGUGUGCGUGCGCGCUUAUUUAAAUGUACAGUAUUUACUUUUGAAAUUUGUGUUUCAAAUUGGCGUUUGGAUCAGUUUAUGUACCAUAAAUUGUGGCAAACUGUACAGUUUGGCGCUUUAUAAUGUAACAAACGAACAAAUCACGUCUAUAUAUAAAUUUCAGCGUUUGAAAUACAUAAAUACUACUCGUUAACUGGAUGAAAUAUUUACGAUUAUUUGCACUCGUAAACGCUGAGCGGGUACAAUAUUCUUACCCCGGUAUUAAAUGUAUAUCUCUGUUCUUACACGGGCCAUUUUCGGUGUUACACAAAACAAUAACACGGCGGUUCCAAAAAUGACUUGGAACGUUUACGGCUUGCGUCUGAUAGACUUCGUGUGGUUGGUUUUGUCUCUUUCUUUCUUCGCGGCGCUGUGGGCACACAAGAUAGCAAAGCGCUUGCCCUCGAAAUAUCAAACGUGUUGUCUUAACGUCCUCUUCCAGGAUCUGAUUCGUUACGGAAAAACUAAACAGAAUUUCAAACGCAACGACUCCCUGCGCGCAUUUGAAGUUCCAAAAAGGUGGUUUUGGCACUUCUACGCCACUUCGCUCGUUUGGAAUGGUCUUCUGUUGGCUUUGAGCCUGAACGUGGCUCUACUGCAACAUUUAUAUCCUAAAUGGCUGUCAGGCUUAAUUGAUGUUUUCUCUGGGUCAUCACAUGCAGAGCUACAAGAUCUACAUGUGAGCACGGUGCUGCUGCAGCUGCUGCUGUGGUCACACUCUCUCCGGAGGCUUGCAGAGUGUCUCUGCGUCAGUGUCUUUUCCGACGGUGUCAUCCACCUGCUGCAGUACGUCUUCGGCCUGGCCUACUACCUCCUGCUGGGGUUCACCGCGCUCUGCUCGGACCGCCAAACAAAAGCAAGUGGACCUCUGUUGUCACAACUGGAGUGGUGUCAUGUUGCUGGAAUUGCACUUUUUAUUCCGUCCUCUUUGCUGCAGCAUCAAUCCAUGGUGCUUCUGGCUGGCCUCCGGAUUGGAAAGUCAGGAAGGGUCGAGACAUUGACUCAUCGGAUGCCAAAGGGCGGCUGCUUUGAGCUGGUGUCGUGCCCCCACUACUUAGCCGAGCUACUCAUCUACGUCUCGCUGAGUUUGGUGGCCGGCGGUCUUUCACUCACCUGGUGGCUGGUCGUCCUAUACGUGUUCUUCAACCAGGCGCUGGCUGCCCUGCUCUGCCACGAACACUAUAUCGACAAAUACCCAUACUACCCGGCACGUAGAAAAGCAUUUAUACCUUUUGUGAUGUGAUCGUGGUAACCGGUGUGUAUACUGUAUUUUAUUUGAUUGGUCUACCUAUUUAUCUAUUGGGUAAGACGUGAUGUGCUAUAUUUUGCAUCACGAAAAGUCCUUUUGAUAUAUGUUUGACAUAAUGUGCAAUGCCAUUCAAUCAUGACCUUUUCCUUUUCAUAGCUGGUUGACAGAUGGUCUGGUAUCCUUAUCAUGAGCUAAUUUUGAAAAUACAGCAUUUGCAGAUUUUUUUUUCAA